CCUCUGCACCAACAGGCUUCCUCCGUCUCACCGAAGAAGGAGCUUGAUUUUUCCACCUCCCUCAUCUCUUCCUCUAAACAUCAGUGAAAAAAAGUCUUUACAUAGGAAAUUCGAGUUAUGUUUUAGCCAAAAGAACGGUUCCAGACUAUCUCCCGUGAUUCCCUGUGGCGUGUUACAGUCCCUCACCGCUGCAAGUAUGAGGAACCUGAUCUCGAUGGCUGUGAUCCUUCAUGUGGUGAUCACAGCAGCAGGCCUACAGCUCAAUGGAGAAGAAGUGCAGUUUGGAGACAUGAUUGCUUAUCCACCUGUGUGUGAUGGAAAAAUUACCCUCCAGCAUUUUGCUGUUUAUGUGGGCGACAGAACUUUCCCUGGCAAAGAACCGGAGCACGACAUAUUUGAACGCUUGAAGGAUACUAAGACUCUGAGCCCAACCUGCAUUUUCUCUACACUCAACGUGGCUGACAAGCCUUAUGUUUUUAAUUACCUUGAUGGCUAUAAGGAAAAUGGGAAGGAAUACAAGAAAGGAAAAGAGGAAAAAAUGGAAGAACGCAUCAGAGAGAAAUACAACAAAUGUUCACUCUAUAGUGCUGUUGGAAACAACUGUGAACACCUGGCUACCUAUGUGCGCUAUGGAGAGAAGAUAUCACUGCAGGUCAACCUGUCGGGUGAGAAGCUCUGCAUUUUACCAAAGGCUCAACAAAAGUUGGUGUAUGCAAAGGGUGUUGCCAAGUGCCAAAAUAAGGAUGGCUAAGAAGUAUUGUGUCAGUCAAAGCUUUCCUCACCUGAUAUGGGUUUUUGAAAUAAAAAAAAAAGAGCAAGUUA